AUGCCUCCCUUACUAACUAAUCGGCAAGCCGAGGAGCUGCAUAAGUCAAUGAUAGCAUACCUCGUGGCGAGCGACCUACCAGAUACUGCGGCGGCACUCAGAAGAGAAGUGAACCUCAGCGAAGAUGUGUUUGAUCCAACUACAGCGAAAAGGUACGAAGGAAUGCUGGAGAAAAAAUGGACAAGCAUUGCCCGCUUGCAGAAAAAGAUAAUGGAUCUUGAAUCGAGAAAUGCGACGCUUCAAUCCGAACUCGAUAACUCAACACCCGCCUCCCGCUUAAAGCGCAACCAAGAUCCAGCCUCUUGGCUUCCGAGUACGGUUCGCUAUUCACUAGAAUCGCACCGAGAUAAAGUAAAUUGUGUUGCCUUCCACCCGACAUUUUCCUCCAUUGCCUCCGGCUCCGACGAUUGCACGAUAAAGAUAUGGGACUGGGAACUCGGAGAGCUUGAGCGGACGCUUAAGGGCCAUACAAGAGCAGUCCGGGACGUUGAUUACGGCGGGCCGCGGGAUAACGUCCUUCUGGCUUCCUGCAGCUCCGACCUGUCUAUUAAGCUAUGGAAACCGACAGACAAUUAUAAGAAUAUCCGGACGCUGCAAGGCCAUGAUCACAUCGUCAGCGCGGUUCGUUUUAUACCAUCUAGAAACCUGCUGGUGAGCGCAAGCAGAGACAACGAUAUGAGAAUCUGGGAUGUCACAACCGGGUAUUGUGUGAAGACAAUAAACGGUCAUACCGACUGGGUGCGGGAUGUUAGCAUCUCGUUUGACGGGAGGUUUCUUUUCUCCACGGGACAAGAUAUGACCGCCCGCUUAUGGGAUAUCUCUACUGUAUCGAAUAUAGAACAUAAACGAACGAUGCUUGGUCACGAGAAUUUCAUUGAAUGCUGCGCUUUUGCCCCGCCUACGUCAUACCAAUUUCUUGCGCCCUUGGCCGGACUGGGGAAACGUCCUUCUUCUACAAACGGAGCUGAUUUCAUGGCGACCGGGUCACGAGACAACACUAUUAAGAUAUGGGACAGCCGCGGGACGUGUCUCAUGACGUUAGUGGGCCAUGAUAGCUGGGUUCAGGCGCUGGUGUUCCACCCGGCAGGAAAAUAUCUCCUAUCCGUAUCGGACGACAAGACAUUAAGAUGCUGGGAUUUGAACCAACAAGGAAAGUGCGUGAAGACACUCGACGCCCACGAAAGCUUCGUCACCUCCCUGCGGUGGGCUCCAGGAGUGGCCAAGAAUGUACCCGGCGGAGACGGCGCAGCGGAGGGAGAAGGAAACGACAAGAACGGGGCUGGUAGUGAAAAUCCCGCCAAUGUCCAGAUGCGCUGCGUGAUCGCGACAGGGGGCUGGGACCAGAAAUUAAAGAUCUUUGCGGGCUGA